GAUGAGGCCACCAAGCUCCCUUUCAAAGAGCUUGAGAAUCAGUGGCUGGAAGAGCCGCCUCCCCCCAGCCGCGGGCUGGAGGAAGAAGUGGACAGUGGUAAUGGGGGAGGCUUCAGCAAGCCCAAAUUGCCUGGUCGCCGGUUUCUUAAGAAGCGGCAUGAAGACAUGGUUGUGCCCCCUCUGCCCCCGCCUUCCCCUGACUUCCCGUCGCCCCAGCGGCCCCUCUUCCGGCCCCGCUCAGAGUUUGAGGAGAUGACCAUCCUGUAUGACAUCUGGAACGGGGGAAUCGAUGAGGAGGACAUCCGUUUCCUUUGUGUCACCUACGACCGGCUCCUGCAGCAAGACAACGGCAUGGACUGGCUCAACGACACGCUCUGGGUCUACCAUCCCUCCACCAGCUUCUCUACUCCCAAGAAGAAAAAGCGAGAGGACGGCAUUCGGGAGCAUGUAACCGGCUGCGCUCGCAGCGAGGGUUACUACAAGAUCGACAAGAAAGAUAAACUAAAAUACCUCAACAAUAGUCGCGCCUUCGCUGAGGAGCCCCCAGCAGACACCCAGGGCAUGAGCAUCCCUGCCCAGCCACAUGCUUCCACCCGGGCGGGCUCUGAGCGUCGCUCAGAACAGCGGCGCCUUCUCUCCUCCUUCACAGGAAGUUGUGACAGUGACCUGCUCAAGUUCAACCAGUUAAAGUUCCGGAAGAAAAAGCUGAAAUUCUGCAAGAGUCACAUCCACGACUGGGGUCUUUUCGCCAUGGAGCCCAUCGCAGCCGAUGAGAUGGUCAUCGAGUACGUGGGGCAGAACAUCCGGCAGGUCAUCGCAGACAUGCGGGAGAAGCGCUAUGAGGAUGAGGGUAUCGGGAGCAGCUACAUGUUUCGGGUCGACCACGACACAAUCAUUGACGCGACAAAGUGUGGCAACUUUGCCAGGUUUAUCAACCACAGCUGUAAUCCAAACUGCUAUGCCAAGGUCAUCACCGUGGAGUCCCAGAAGAAGAUCGUUAUCUACUCCAAGCAGCAUAUCAGUGUCAAUGAAGAGAUCACCUAUGAUUAUAAAUUCCCCAUCGAGGACGUCAAGAUCCCCUGUCUGUGCGGCUCCGAAAACUGCCGGGGGACUCUGAACUAGGAUGCCAGGGAGCUGGGUGUGCUUUGCCAAAAAAAAAAAAAAAAAAAAAAAGAAAGAAAAAAAAAAAACAGAAAAAGAAAGGGAAAAAGGAAGAAUCCCAGCAGUCCAGCCCGGCCAGUGGGUUGCUUUGGGCACAGGCUCACACACGCCCAGCUCUCCCCAACCACCCUCAGGUGCUGUCCCUCUCCCCAGGCCCAGCUCUGGGUCACCCCAACACUACCCUCCCUCCGGAAUCCUCCCUCUACCUCCUCCCCUGCCCCUGCCUCCUCCUCUUCCUCCUACUUGUGGGAAUAGAUUCUCCCUCCCUCCCUCUGUUUUUUUAAUUAUUUUUAAUGAAUUUUUUAAAAGUCACACAAACAUAUCCCCUCUCAUACAGUUGCUGCUACAUUUUUUCCUCCUCCUCAAAAACAAGGACAAAAAAAGACAUUUUUACCAUUCAAAUGUGAAGCCAGAGAUGGAGGGAGAAAUACUAUGCUUUUCGAAAGAGAUUAGGGAACAGAGUUUGGAGGAGGAGAAGGAACAGGGAUCUAGGGGGAGGCUUGGGCGCCAUGGCCCUGGCUAUUGGCCCUCUGCCCCUUGGGAUAUUUUAGGAACCCUCCCGUCCCUCCCGGCCCCACUCUCUAAGGCCCUGCCCUGCCCCUCUGCCCUAACCCCAGCCUUGGGAUGAUGCCAGAGGAGGGAGCCAGGGCCAUGGGGUCUUCUCCAUAACACUAGCCCUCUGGGCGUCACUCACUCGAGGGUCGGCUGGGAGGCACUUGGGAAGAAGGAAUUCUCUGGUAGAGGAAGGGCCUUGCUGCCUUUGCUCCUCCGGCCCCUGCCUUGGGGAGCAGGGAAAUACUGAAAACCAACGGUUGGCCUCCUGCCCCAACCCCAGCCACGCUUUACCUGCCCCACCCCCUCCUCCCACCCCCAGCUCCUCUGACUGUUGGGAUGGCCGCCUGUGCCCGCUCGCUCUUCCCCUCCCUGCCCAGGUCUGAACCGGGAGACUUCCAAGCUGUUCAUGCCAGGUGGGGAAACUGGUCCGCUUGGCUUAUUCGCUUACUCUUUUUCUUGAUCUGUCUUCCUUCCCUGCUGCCGGGGAGCUGGGCAGGUGCUACGAAUAUGUUGAGAAGUGGGACGGGAGUGGGCGUGGGGGAGCCUGGCUUCUUGGGGUUCACCUUCUCAGACCCUGUUCCUCGCCCUUGUCUCCUCCACCCCGACCCGUACCCCAUGGCCAACCCCUGGGAGCCAGCAGGGGGCAUGCCUGGAUCUCUAAAAUGUUUACUUUCUCAUUCAGAUGCCAGCAAGAAGGGGGUAAGACAGAGUGGUCAGGGUGAGGAAGGGGACCUCCCAAAGGAAACCAACCCCCCCGGCCCAGCCACUGGCCUGCCCCUUGACCGCCAGCAGCCAAGGCAGGGCCCUUUUGGUGCUGUGAAGUUUACUCCCCAAGAACCCAGGGAAGGGGACUGGGCAGGGACCCUCUAUGGAUGGGAGCCCUCCCUAGUGCUCAGCUCAUGCAGGCUGGCUCCUUCUCUGGGAGACGUGGUGGAAACCCAGGGGAGAAGAGGCCCGAGGGCUGCUCCCCAACGCUGAUGUGCUUCCUACCUUCUACCCUUUCCCCCGAAGCUCUUCUUCCUUUCUCUGCCAUUACGGGUUGUCUUUUUUGACGGGUGUUUCCUCUUUCAGAAGACACCCCCCAAAACUAUCAUCUGCUCUCUGCUGGGAUCCCUGGGCCCAGGGAUCCCAUUGGGCUUCCCUCACCUCACUCUGUCCAUCCGUCCGUCCGUCUGUCCGUCUGUCCGUCUGUCUGUCCUACUUACCGCCAGCCCGUCUACUUCCCUGUCUCUAUCCAGGAUCCCCAGGGUGGACCAGGGAGGGACGGGGAACCCGUCUGGAAGAUAGUUAUAUUGAGGGAGAAAAAAAAAAAUGCAAACGUUUCAUUUUCUCCAGUGAGGAAGGAAAGAGAAAGGGAUUUUGAAUGUUGGACGGAAGUCUCCAGUAGCUUUCAGUAGGUGUGUCCCCAUCCCCUCGCCUCCAAACUUUUCAGGAUUCAUUUCACUGCUUUUUUGCGUAUAGACCAGGAAGGACAUACAGGACACCCGACAAAAAAAAAGCCACAAGCAUUUUGAAGUUCAAAAUCGACACAACAUCUGUACAUAGGCCGCUGGGAUGACCUUCUCUUGGGAACAUUGUUUCUUGUAGAAACACGUGGGAAAUUUUUUUUUUUUUUUGAGGAUUUCUUUGUACUUAGGGGGGAAAAGCCCCGAUAAACCCAACAACAGUGAGCUUGUAAAUACUUUAUGAGAAAAGGAACUUAUUAUAAUUUGGACUCGUUUUUAGCAAGAUGACAGCUUUCCCUCCGAGCCGCCCGCUGACGCCCCAGCUCACGCGAGGAGCCGCUAGCAUCUCUCUCUCAGCUUGUGUCAAGCUUCUUACUAUGUAAAUUCUGUACAAAAGAACUUGGGUUUGGUUUUGUUUGGGGGUUUGGGUUUGGUUUUGUUUGAACUUUUUUUUUUGUUUGUUCUUUUUGUGCGUGUGCUCUGAUUGUGCGUGUGUGCGUGUGCGUGUGUGCGAGAGUGAGUGUGUGUGUCCAAUUAGACAAAAUUAGCAGCAUCCAAAUGGAGGGAAAAAUGCAGGCCAGCCUUUGUUAGGCCUUUCCUUUCUGUUUUGGGUUCAGGCCUUGUCUGCCAACUUAAACGUGCAAGAGAGGAGAAAAAAAAAAGAAUAUAUAUAUUUAUUUCACAGAAGGAAGACUUGUACAGUGUAUGGAAAAGGGCCUAUUUAAGCAAGUUCUGGAUUUCCCUACCCCCGUCCUUCCCCUAAGAGAUGGUUCUCUCCCAAACUUCAGAUUGGGGCAAGCUCAAAGGGAGGAGAGAGAGGGGGGAGGGCCAGAAGAUGGCGUGGAUGAGACCCUUCCCCGGAAUCGCUCCCUCUCCUCUCCCUUCACCAAGUGCAUCCCCUCCAUCAGAGAAGGCCAGGGAGAUGGUUUGCAGUAACAAAGAAAAUACAGUCGUCUUUUGGGUUGAUUUGAUUUGACAAAACUUUUGCUUUGAAGAUUUCUGCCUCUGGGUUUUGUUUUGGUUUCUUAUGGUUUUCUCCACCUCCCCCCACCCCUUCCAAAAAAAAAAAAACAAAGCAAUUAAAUUUUGGGCCAUUCAUUCUGUGCAUCUAGACCCCGUCCUCUGUACGUCACCUGUUUUCGAAGAGAAAUGUUUCUGUUGUGGGUGCAUCUUGCUGUAAAUAUUUGUUCAUAUUUUUGUGAAUUCAAUACUAUGUACCAUUGUAUUAUAGUAACUUUUAUAAAGCAAACCAUAAAUAUACUGACUUUUCUUACAGAU